CCACAUAUCACUAUGUUCCGCUCUCAGAUCGCUCGCCAGGCCCGCCUGUUCUCCACCACUCCCAUCGCUCGCAAGAGCCCCGUCGAGACCAUUAAGGACGCCGCCAAGGCUGUGGACAGGACAAUUUCUAACGCCGCCGUCAAGGGCAUCGAGAAGGGUGAGGAGGUCGCCGAGGCUGUCAAGGAGGCCACCCCCAGCACCACAUCCGAGGCAAAGGAACAGGCCAACGAGGCUCUCGGUCAGGUCAAGGGCAAGGCCGCCGAACUCCAGGGUGAGGCCAGCAAGAAGGCCGGCCAGGCCCAGGGCGAGGCCAGCAAGAAGGCAGGUCAGGUCCAGGGCGAGAUCAAUAAGAAGAUGUAAGGGGCUUGCAUGAAUGAAAGAGGAGGAACAAAGUUAAUGAGCGACCUUUGAUACCUUGGGAUCCAUCGCGGAUCAUGCGUGGCCCUUGUACGACUAGUUAUUGCUGCUACGAAUUUCACACAUUUUCUUACUGAA